CCCUGCUUCGACCAACGGAGGGCGACGCGAUGGGAGACGAAAUGGAUGCCAUGAUCCCUGAGCGGGAGAUGAAGGAUUUUCAGUUUAGAGCACUGAAGAAAGUGAGACUCUUUGACUCUCCUGAAGAAUUGCCCAAAGAGCGCGCCAGUCUGCUUGCCGUGUCUAACAAGUAUGGGCUGGUCUUUGCUGGUGGAACCAGUGGCUUGCAAGUUUUCCCUACUAAAAACCUCCUUAUUCAAAAUAAACCUGGAGACGACCCCAAUAAGAUAGUUGAUAAAGUGCAAAGCUUGCUAGUUCCUAUGAAGUUCCCCAUACACCACCUGGCCCUGAGCUGCGAUAACCUGACACUGUCCGCAUGCAUGAUGUCCAGCGAAUAUGGCGCCAUUAUCGCCUUCUUUGACGUCCGCACGUUUUCGAAUGAGGCUAAGCCGCAGAAACGCCCAUUUGCCUAUCAUAAGCUUUUGAAAGAUGCGGGAGGCAUGGUGACUGAUAUGAAGUGGAACCCCACUGUGCCCUCCAUGGUGGCAGUCUGUCUGGCCGAUGGCAGCAUCGCUGUCCUGCAAGUCACAGAAACAGUGAAAGUGUGUGCAACGCUUCCUUCCACGGUAGCGGUGACAUCUGUGUGCUGGAGCCCCAAAGGAAAGCAGCUGGCCGUGGGAAAGCAGAAUGGAACUGUGGUGCAGUACCUGCCCACUCUGCAGGAAAAAAAAGUCAUUCCCUGCCCACCGUUUUAUGAGGCCGAUCACCCCGUCAGAGUUCUGGAUGUGCUGUGGGUCGGCACGUACGUCUUCACCAUCGUGUACGCCGCUGCAGAUGGCACCUUGGAGACGUCGCCGGACGUGGUCAUGGCCCUGCUCCCGAAAAAAGAAGAGAAGCACCGGGAGAUGUUUGUGAACUUCAUGGAGCCGUGUUACAGCAGCUGCGCCGAGCGGCAGCAGCACUACUACCUCAGUCACGUCGAGGAAUGGGACUUGGUGCUGGCCGCAUCUGCAGCUUCAACAGAAGUUGGCAUCCUUGCUCGCCAGAGUGACCAGGUGAACUGGGAGUCUUGGCUACUAGAGGACUCUAGCCGGGCUGAGCUGCCAGUGACAGACAGGAGUGAUGACUCCUUGCCAGUGGGUGUGGCCAUCGAUUACACGAACCAGGUGGAGGUCGCCAUCAGUGAUGAGAAGACGCUCCCUCCUGCACCAGUUCUCAUGUUGCUGUCAACAGAUGGGGUGCUGUGCCCAUUUUACAUGAUCAAUCAAAACCCAGGGGUUAGGUCCCUCAUCAGGACGCCAGAGCGGCUCUCAUUAGAAGGAGAGCGACAGCCCAAGUCACCAGGAAGUCCGCCCUCCACCCCGCCCUCCUCGCAGGCCCCGCAGAAGCUGGAGGCCCCCGUCCCGCCCGCGCCGUCGGCUGCGCCCGCCUCCGCCUUGUCCCCGCCUUCUCUCGGGGGCGCCUCUGCCGUGUUCUCCUUCGGCUCUUCAUCCCUGAGACCACCCGCCACCGGGGAUGCCCCCCCGCAUCCUGGCGGCUCUGACAACUCGAAAGCAGCCCUGGGCGCUGGCACGGCCACCUUCUCUUUCGCUUUUCCUCAAGCCUCGCUGGCCCCCACCCCUGCGGCCUCCCCUGUGGUGCCGUCGCCGAUGGUCUCCUUUGGGCCGGCAGGCUUCAGGCCCGCCCUGGAAAGCACGCCAGUGCCGAGCGCGCCUGCUCCGAACGCGGGGACGAAGCCCUCCUUCCCUGCCUCCGCCUCUGCGGUCAAGGUCAACCUCAGCACGAAGUUCACCGCUGUGGUCACCGCGGCCCCUGUCAGCAGCUCGCAGAGCGCCCCGUCCACGCCGCCAUUCUCUGCCUCCAAGCCCGCCUCUGCACCCCUCGGCGCCCCCGCUGCUCUCUCCUCCUCGUUGGGUCUGGCUUCGGCGAAGGCCCCAGCUGCUCCCCUGGCAUCAGGGCCGUCUGCACAGGGCAGUCCAAGUCCGGCAUCCUUGGUGGCCCAGAAAUCACCCAGGAUCACUCCUCCGGUGGCAAAGGCGGUCUCCCCCCAGGUGAAAUCGCUUCAGCCUCCUGUCGCCGAAAAGCAGGGACAGCAGUGGAAGGAGUCAGAUCCCCUGAUAACCGGAAUUGGGGAGGAGAUCGCUCACUUCCAGAAGGAACUGGAAGAGCUGAAAACCCAGACUUCCCAAGCCUGCUUCCAGGUGGGCACGACGGAGGAGAUGAAGCUGCUGCGCACGGAGUCGGACGGCCUGCGCUCCUUCCUCCUGGAGAUUAAGGAGACCACAGAGUCUCUCCACGGAGAUAUCAGUACCCUGAAAACAACUCUGCUUGAGGGCUUUGCCGGUGUGGAGGAAGCCAGAGAACAGAACGAGAGGAACUGUGACUCUGCGUACCUGCAUUUGCUCUACAAGAGGCCUCUGGACCCCAAGAGUGAGGCUCAGCUGCAGGAAAUUCGGCGCCUUCAUCAGUAUGUGAAGUUCGCUGUCCAGGAUGUGAACGACGUUCUGGACUUGGAGUGGGAUCGGCAUCUGGAGCAAAAAAGAAAGCAGAAGCGCCUGCUUGUGCCGGAGCGGGAGACGCUGUUCAACACCCUCGCCAACAACCGCGAGAUCAUCAACCAGCAGAGGAAGAGGCUGAACCACCUGGUGGACAGUCUGCAGCAGCUUCGUCUCUACAACCAGACCUCCCAGUGGGGCCUGUCCUCGGGCGCCCCUGCACCCCCCUCCACACACAGUUUUGACAGUGACCUUGAAAGCCUGCGCAACGCUUUGUUGAAAACCACCAUAGAUUCUCAUGCCAAGCCCUUGCCCAAGGUACCAGCCAAGCUGUCCCCGGUGAAACAGGCCCAGCUGAGGAACUUCUUGGCCAAGAGGAAGACCCCGCCCGUGAGAUCCACUGCUCCAGCCAGCCUGUCCCGGUCCGCCUUCCUGUCUCAGAGAUGCUGCGAAGACCUGGAUGAAGUGAGCUCGACCUCCUCCAUCUCCCAGUCUCUGGAGAGUGAAGAUGCACGGCCAGCCUGUAAGGACGCCGCCGCCGUGAGCCAGGCCCCCCGCCACGCCCCCGUGGUGCGCACGCCUUCCGUCCAGCCCGGCCCCGUGACCCAGAUGACGCCCUUCACCAAGCCCCACCUGGCUCCCGGCUCGCCCGGUGUGAUGGGAACAUCGAUGUCUACAUCUACUAGCAAAAUCAUUCCUCAGGGGGCUGAUAGCACAAUGCUUGCAACAAAAACUGUGAAACAUGGCGCCCCUGGUCCGUCCCACCCCAUCUCGGCUCCCCAGGCAGCCGGUGCAGCAGCACUGAGACGGCAGAAGGCCAGCCAGGUGCCAGCUGUGAGUACUUUGACGGAGUCAACGCUGAAGAAUGUCCCUCAAGUAGUAAACGUGCAGGACUGGAAGAACGCCCCGGCCACCCCCUCUGCAGCCGCGGGGUCCUCGGCGCCCUUCUCUGCAGCCAAGACGACUCACCCGGGGCUGACCGCGGUGGCCGCCACCCAGCCUAAGCAGGGAUCGCUCUUAAAUUCCCUGAAGCCACCUGGGCCUCCCACAGCUUCCGGUCAGUUGUCAUCUGGUGAUAAAGCUUCAGGAGUGGGCACAGCCAAGAUUGAAGCGGCGGUGACUUCUGCCUCGCCGGCUGUCGGGCAGUUCAGCAAGACUUUCUCCUUCUCUCCGUCAGGGACUGGCUUUAACUUGGGAAUGAGCACCCCAGCGCCGACUUCUGAUUUCACUGCCACUCCAGGGGUGACGCCCCCCAGCAAAGAGGCAAGCCAGCCGGAGGCCCCAUUUUCCUUUGGUGGAGGAGGCAAACCUCUCUACGAGACCAUCCCCGAAAGCUCGCCUCCCGCUGGAGCCUCACCACCGCACACCACCAGCCUGGCUGCCGCUCCCUCAGGGGAGGCCACGCCAUCGGGCAGCAGGCAGGGGCCGGCCCCUGAAAUGACACUCUCCGCCUUCAUGAACAAGAUGGAGACCCCGCCGUCCAAGUUCGGAGAGUUUCUGUCUCCCAGUUCUCCGGCUGGAGAGACGCUAGGGAGUUUCUCAGGACUGCGAGUGAGCCAGGCAGACGACAUCGCCAAGGCCGGCAGCAAGGCGUCACCCACCAGCCUGAGCAGUAUGCAGCCGGCCAAGUCCGCGCCCGGGCCCUCGGGCUUCAGCUUCGCUGGCCCUCCGGGGCCAGGGAAGCCCCCGGAGCCCCCCGUGACCUCCUUUAUGAGUGCCGCUGCCACUGUGGCCCCGGCCCCGGCCACCAGCGCCAGCAGCGCGCCCACAGGCGUCUUCGGCAGCCUGCCCCUGACCAGCACCGGCUCCUCCGGGGUCGUCAGUUUUGGCGGCAUAUCCCUGACGGGCACCAAGACGAGUUUCUCAUUCGGAAGCCAGCAGACGGGUAGCACAGCGCCCCCCUCGGCCCCACCGUCCACGACCACUGCCACCCCUCUUCCCAGCACCUUCCCCACAUUGUCAUUCGGAGGCCUCCUAAGUUCAGCAUCGCCGUCCACCCAGCCUGUGUCCUCUGGCAAAAGUCCAGAGGAGGCCGCCCCUGUGUCCGCUUUGCCUGAGAAGUCGGGCGACAGUGAAGUCGUGGCACCGACAGCCUCCCUCCCAGGGCAGCAGCAGUCGCCCCAACUCCCCCAGGCACCUCUGCAGACUCCUGACCCCGUUAAAAAAGAAACCACCCUUGCCCAGCCUGCGGCCAGCACACCCGGUACCGCCGCCUCCACCCCUGGCCUCGCCGCACCUAUCGUAGAGGCCACUCCCGCUGCCCCUGGGCUCCCUGACAUAAAGACAGAGGUGGCGACUCCCGCCUCCCCCCUUUCAGGGCCGGCACCGGCUGCUGUCACCACAACCACAGCCCCCAGCACCACCCCGGCGGCCACAGAAACGUCCAGUCCUCCCACCUCCACCAGUGCCGUCUCCAGCCCCGCUCCGAGCCCCGCUGCGGAGACGGCAGUGUUCGGGACCGUCUUCAUCCAGCCCCCUGCCGCCAGCUCCAGCUCCGCGUUCAGCCAGCUGGCCAGCAGCACAGCCACUGCCCCCUCAUCCACGCCCUUGUUCGGACAGGGGACGGCCAGCACCGCCCCGAGCCUGUUCGGGCAGCAGACAGGCAGCGCGGCCACCACGGCCGCCGCCCCCCCGCAGGUCAGCAGCUCGGGCUUCGGAAGCCCGGCCUUCGGCGCCACAGCCACAGGCGUCUUCGGGCAGACCACCUUCGGGCAGGCCCCGGCCUUUGGGCAGUCGACCAGCAGCCCGGCGAGCAGCUUCUCCUUCAGCCAGCCUGGGUUCAGCUCCGUGCCCGCCUUUGGCCAGUCCGUCUCCUCCACCCCCACGUCGACCGGCGCGAAUGUCUUUGGCGCCUCUUCCAGCACCAGCAGCUCCAGCUCCUUCUCAUUCGGACCGGCUUCUGCCAGCACGGGAGGGGGCCUGUUUGGCCAGAGCAACCCUCCUGCUUUCGGCCAGAGCCCCGGCUUCGGCCAAGGCGGCUCUGUCUUUGGCAGCACCUCGGCCACCAGCACCACGUCAGCAUCCUCUGGAUUUAGCUUCUGUCAGGCUUCAGGUUUUGGGUCUAGUAAUACUGGCUCAUUGUUUGGUCAAGCAGCUGGUGCUAGUGGGACCGUCUUUGGCCAGCAGCCGUCCUCCGCCGCCGGGAGCGUGUUCGGGUCUGGAAACACCGCGAGAGGGGGCGGCUUCUUCAGUGGCCUCGGAGGGAAACCCAGCCAGGAUGCCGCCAACAAGAACCCGUUCAGCUCGGCCAGCGGGGGCUUCGGGUCUACAGCCGCCCCGAAUACCUCCAGCCUCUUCGGAAACAGUGGGGCCAAGACGUUCGGCGGGUUUGCCAGCUCGUCCUUUGGUGAGCAGAAGCCUGCCGGCACCUUCAGCUCCGGAGGAGGGAGUGUGGCGUCCCAGGGCUUCGGGUUUUCCGCGCCCAGCAAGACAGGUGGCUUCGGUGCUGCUCCAGUGUUUGGCAGCCCUCCUACUUUUGGGGGAUCCCCGGGGUUUGGAGGGGUGCCAGCAUUCGGUUCAGCCCCAGCCUUUACAAGCCCUCUGGGCUCGACGGGAGGCAAAGUGUUCGGAGAGGGCACUGCGGCCGCCAGCGCGGGAGGAUUCGGGUUUGGGAGCAGCAGCACCGCCUCGUUCGGCACCCUCGCCAGCCAGAACGCGCCGACCUUCGGGUCGCUGUCCCAGCAGACCUCGGGCUUCGGGACGCAGAGCGGGGGCUUCUCCGGCUUCGGCUCCGGGGGAGGAGCAUUCAGCUUUGGCUCCUCCAGCUCGUCGGUCCAGGGCUUCGGCGGCUGGAGAAGCUGAGCAGGUGGGUGCUCAGGACGGCGUGCUCCCGAAACACGGCGGAGAGAAGCCGCAGGCGCUUCGUGCUGCCUGCGUGGUGCCACGUCCUGUG